AUGACAAUGUCGAACGCGACAGUAACGGAGGUGGCUAUGGCGGAGAUGCUAGCGCAGCUGGCGGCGGUUGAGGCGGAGUGGGUGAGCGUAGCGGAGCGCGCGAAGGGCAUCGUGCAUCUGACGACGGGCAUAUGGCGGAUGAUGGCCGCCUUUAUCGUGCUCUUCAUGCAGUGCCAUCGCCCGUAUCCCUUCCACCUCCUCUUUCCACCUCCUCUUUCCACCUCCUCUUUCCACCUCCUCGUUCCACCUCCUCGUUCCACCACCUCGUUCCACCACCUCGUUCCACCACCUCGUUCCACCACCUCGUUCCACCACCUCGUUCCACCACCCAUCCCACCCUCCCAGCUCGGCUUCUCUCUAAUAGAGGCGGGGACCGUUCGUUACAAGAACACGCGCAACAUAAUGAUCAAGAACGUGCUGGACAUGUGUGUCAGCGCCAUUGCCUUCUGGCUCAUCGGCUUUGCCAUUGGCUUUGGGAGUGGCUCUGAUUUCAUCGGCUGGCAAACACCCUCCGGCACGGUGUCGAUGGCAGUGGUGCCCCAUGAGAGCGGGGCGCUAUUCUUCUUCAACUUUGUCUUCUGUGCCACCAGCGCCACCAUCUUUGCUGGUGCUGUGGCCGAGAGGACUCAGAUCACCGCCUACCUCUUCUUCAACUUCUUCCUAGCAGCCAUAAUCUACCCGGUCAUCGCGCAUGUCAUCUGGUCGCACCAUGGGCUGCUCUCAGUGGCACCUGUGCUGCUUUGCUUGCUCCCCAUUGUCAACCCCCCACCUCGCCUCCCUCCGCCCAGCUUCUUCCUAGCAGCCAUCAUCUACCCGGUCAUCGCACACGUGAUAUGGUCGCACCACGGGCUGCUGUCAGCUGAUGCGGGGGACUACGUGCUGGGCACCCGCGGUGUGCUCGACAAUGCCGGCUCCAUGGUCGUUCAUGUCACUGGUGGGUGGGUGGUGGAUGGUCACAGGGGGCACCAUCAUCCUCUGGCUGUGUUCAUAGCAGCGGGCACCAUCAUCCUCUGGGUGGGGUUCUUCGGGUUCAACGGCGGCUCAGUGCAGUACCUGGGGCAGCCCGCCUCCGUGUGGGUGGCCGACGUCGCGCGCGUGUGCGCCAACACCACCGUGUGCGCCGCCUUUGCGGGCGUGGCGGUGUGGUUUGUGACGUACCGGCGGAGGGAGCCGAAUCUGGAGGACACGCUGAACGGCGUGAUUGGCGGGCUCGUGGCCGCCUGUGCCACGAGCAGUAUUGUGGAGGCAUAUGCUGCGUGCAUCAUUGGUGAGUGCAUGCAGGGAGCUGGUGGGUCGGUGGUAAGGAGCUGGUGGGCUACGUUGGCAGAUACGCGUCCCAGGGUAUAA